AUGCAGUACAUAAGGGAUUUGGAUGAAAAGGCAUAUGAGUAUCUUGCAAACAUUGCACCUGCACCGUGGACAAGGUCACACUUCACUCCUAGGGCCUUAACAGAUUGUUUGGUAAAUAAUUUGAGUGAGUCUUUUAAUGCAAUGAUAUUGAAGUUUAGAGACAAGCCUAUCUUGGCAAUGUUGGAGUGGAUUAGGGUUAGACUUAUGACUAGGCUUUACACAAAAAGGGAAGGGAUACAGAAGUAUGCUGGAAAGUUGUGUCCAAGCAUACAAGAUAGGUUGGAGAAAUUGAAAGUUGAAAGUAAGGCAUUCAGUGCUACCCCAGCUGGUAGUUUCCUUUAUAAGGUAGGCACUCAGUAUGAGAGGCAUGUAGUUGAUUUGGUGAAAAAGACAUGUAGCUGUAGGUCUUGGGAUUUAAAUGGCAUUCCCUGCAAACAUGCCACAACAGUGAUUUAUACAAACAUUCAGACACCAGAAGACUAUACCCACCCAUGCUACUUCAAAGAAACUUAUAUGGAGAUAUACAAGGAGGUACUUCCUCCCAUGCCUGGCCAGUCAAAAUGGGCUAAGACUGGACAGCCUGCUCCCUUGGCACCUCACAUAUACAAACCACCAAGCAGACCACCUAAGCAAAGAAAGAGGGCUUCUGAUAAGCCUAGGAACCCUUACAAAGCAAGUAGACUGAACAGACCUGUAAGAUGUGGGAAAUGCAAAAAGGAAUGGCAUAAUUCAAGAGGGUGCAAGGCUGGCAUCACUGGGGAGACACCAUAG